AUGGCUCUAAAAGACAAGGAGAAGACGACGUUCAUCACAGAAGUCGGAAUAUUUUGUUAUCGAGUCAUGCCUUUUAGGAAGAAGAACACAGGAGCAACGAAGUUCCAACUUAGGCUCAACCCAAAGAAGUGCACAUUCGAAGUGACAGUAGGAAAAAUGCUAGGCUUCCUGAUCACACAAAGAGGAAUUGAGAUUGAUCCGGGCAAGAUAGAAGCGAUCACGGCAAUGCCACCUCCACGAAGAGAGAAAGAAGUGCGAGGCUUUCUAGGCAAGAUCCAGUAUAUAAGUCGAUUCAUAAAUAAGUUGACUAUGACAUGCAAUCCUUUGUUUAAGCUUUUAAGGAAAAAUGAAAGAUUCGUCUGGGAUGACGCUUUCCAGAACGCAUUCGAGAAGAUAAAGGGAUACCUCAAGAAUCCUCCUAUUCUGAUGCCACCAAGACCAAGUGUACCGCUAAUCCUAUACUUAACAGUCACGAAAAACGCAAUGGGUAGUCUACUGGCCCAAGAAAAUGGGGAAAAGAUGGAAGUCGUAGUCUACUACAUAAGCAAGCGCAUGAUAGGCUACAAACUUAAUUACUCGCCAAUAGAAAAGAAGAAAGAGAGGAGAUCUCUACGCCAAUACGCAACCAACUACGUGCUACUCGCAGGAAAGCUAUAUCGGCACUCCUUUGACGGUCAGAACAUGCUAUGCAUCGACCAACCUCAAGCAGCAGAAAUCAUGGAAAAAGUACAUGCAGGAACAUGUGUCCUAAACAUGAACCGAUCAGCACUCGCUAAGAAGAUCCUUCGCUUUGGCUAUUACUGGCAGAACAUGGAACGAGAAUGUGUAGAAUAUGUUAAGAAGUGUCAUCAAUAUCAAGUUUACGCAAACUUAAAGCACACCCCAGUAUCUCUACUUUACAAUAUGACCUCACCAUGGCCAUUCUCGACAUGGGGAAUAGAUAUCAUCGGAAAAAUCUAUCAUCACGCUUCAAACGGACACGAAUUCAUCUUUGUAGCUAUCGAUUAUUUCACAAAGUGGGUCGAAGCUCAAUCAUACAAGGUGCUCAUGUCAUCACAUGUUGCCAAGUUCAUACGCAACAACAUUAUUGCACGUUAUGGAGUUCCUCAAGCCUUGAUCUCACACAAUGGUGGACAUUUCCGAGGAGAAGUACUCAAAGUACUAGAUGAAUACAGGAUUGAACACCAUAAAUCUUCACCUUAUCGUCCUCAAACGAACGGCGCGGUGAAAAUCCGGCGUUUUCCAGACGACGCUUGCCCUGCUGCAAUUGCUGCUGAACCAGGAUACCAGCGCUUUCCAGACGACGCUCCCUCUGCUGCAACUGCUGCUGAACCAACCUACUGA